UGACCUAUUAACACCACACGAAUAUGUAUGGAAAUGGUGACGUGACAAAGAAUGAGCUAAUAUCAUUCUCAUACCAAUUCCUUUGCCAGUAGUGGGUCGUGUCCUGAAGUGAUUGUCUUAAGCCCCUUACGUCAAAGUUAAAAUCAAGCAUUAAAUUUGAAUGUUUAUAUAAUCUGUAUUAUUUAUGUUAAUCUUAGAAUAAACAAAAUUAACCCCUCUGUGCAACCCGAUGUAGUCAACAAUGUAGUGUGACAGUUAAGCUGUCGCAAGUGGUUCGUAUAAAUAAAUAAAUUGCAAUAAAAAUGUCUUAAUUAAACAAUAAUUUAUUAUGAAAAUCCAUACACACAUAUAAUAAUAUUAUGGCUCUAUAACAAAUCAAUCUACAUAUAUUAAGUUAAUUACAUAAUUCUACUAUGGAAAAACUCCCUAAACUUAAAUUUGAACAAGAACCGCUGAAAGAAUCUUUAGGUGAAGCUCCCGCAGUAUUGGCUAAAAGAAAACCUGUCUGUCCUACCCCUUGGUGUCCUACUUCAGAAGAACAAAUAGAUCCGUCUUGCGAUCCUGAUUUUCCAAAAACAAUAACAUAUAAAGAUAUCUUAACUGCUUACCGUGCGAUAAGUGAAGAAAUACCAAGGACUCCUCUAGUGCGAUCAAAAUGUUGUGCUAAAUUUGAUAUGGAAAUAUUCUAUAAAGUUGAGAUAUUUUAUCAAACUGGCAGCUGUAAUGAAAGAAAAGCGUUUUACGCGUUGUCCGUAUUAAAUGAGGACGAGAAAUGUCAUGGUGUUAUCACAGCUUCUUUGGGCAAUUGGGCGUUGGCUUUGGCAUUUUAUGGUCAACGUUUAGGCAUACCCGUGACUGUGGUUCUACCGUCAACGACACCAGUUUAUGUUGUGGGAAAGUGUCAUGAACUAGGUGCCUUUGUUGUGUCUUACGGAGAGACUCUGGAUGAUGCUAGGCGACAGGCAUUUGUUAUGCUUAAAAAGAGGGGACAAGUGUAUAUAAACGGAUACGAUAAUCCCAACGUCAUAGCUGCAUCUGGUUCAAUAGGGAUCGAGAUCUUGGAACAACUACCAGAGACCGAUGCAAUCAUAGUACCUGUGGGUGGAGGCGGUCUUCUUGCUGGCAUAUCAGCCGCAGUUAAGCAUAUCAAACCAGGAAUAUUAGUAUACGGUGUGCAAACAAAAACUUCAAGAUCGUUCUUCAAUGCCAUGGAAAAGGGACGCCCGUACCAAACAGUUGUGACGCAUAAUUUAGCCACAUCUUUAAUAGUGCCCACGGCUGGAUACAACGCUUUCCAUACGGCAAGGGGCCUCAUUGAUAAAAUGGUUUUAGUUAAUGACGAUUGCAUAUCACGCGCGAUGCUACAUUUGGUAGAAGAAGAAAAGCUUAUAGUCGAAGGAGCAGGCGCAGCAAGCUUGGCUGCAUUUAUGUCAAUGCCAAAUAUACUUCCAGAGUUAAAGAAGAAAACUGUUGUUUGCGUAUUGACUGGUGGAAACAUAGACACUUUGAUCCUUCCUCGGUGUUUGGAAAGAGCGAAAAUAAUCGAAGGUCGAAUUGUUAAAUUGAGUGUACGUUUAAGUCUCGAUGAGCCAUGGGAACACCUUAAGGUGCUCAGUAUGAUAGCUAAUGUUGGUGCAAAUGUUAUUCAAUACCUAUCUGAGAAACCAUUACUCGACGACGAUUUCGAUAAAAGUUAUCUAAAAGUACUCUGUGAAACCCGUGAUAUUGGACAUGCAUGUACACUCAAGAGAGUAAUGGAGCGUCUUUUUCCAAAUAAAUGUCAAUUUUAUGAAGAGCCGUACUGUCCGGUCCCUAUUUGCGCAUGUUUUCCUCGAUGUUAGAUAGGUAC